GGAUAAAUCGCGGGAAGUGGUGUUCUUUCUUUCGUGAGCGGUAAAGUAAUUAGGGGGUUAGAAAUGAAUCCUGGAGUGGAUAAGAUAGUGAGGAGGACAACAAUGGUGGCCACCGUCGUCGCUUCUUAUUUCCUCUUAACUGCUGACUACGGCCCCGAGCCCAAUGUUCUUGAUCCGGUAGUUAAGAAGGCAAUACGAUCUGCAGAGAAUUCAGUGAAAGAGUUCUUUGUUGGAUCGAAGAAAGACUCGUCAGGGUAGUAGUCGAUGGCAGACAACUUGGAUCCCUUCCUCGAAAUGGCCACGAGUGACGGAUUAACUUUCUCUGUGUGUAAUUUAUUAGAAAGUAUCAGCAGAAAAGAGAGAAAUGAAUAAAGGGAGAGAAAAAUGGAACUAGCACAAGGG